GCCGCCCCCCGCCCGUCCCCGCCGCGGUGCGGGGCGCAGCCGGCGGCGCGGCGGCUCCAUGGAGGCGGCGGCGGCAGCAACAGAUGCGGCGGCGGCGCGGCCCGGCCGCCCGUAGCCGCUGCGGGGCCGCGCUGCGCGGGGGCCGCGGCCGCGCCUCCUCAGCGCCCGGCCGGAGCCAUGGCCGCGGCCCGGAGGGCGGCCGGCGGCGAGGCGGGCGGAGGGCAGGCCAUCGUCUGGCGCAACGUGGUGCUCAUGGGGCUGCUGCACCUGGGCGCCGUGUACGCGCUGAGCCUGGUGCCGCGGGCGCACAUCCUCACCCUGCUCUGGGCAUAUUUCUGUUUCCUGCUGACGGCUCUGGGUGUGACAGCUGGCGCGCAUCGCCUGUGGAGCCACCGCUCCUACAAAGCCAAGCUGCCUCUGAGGAUCUUCCUGGCUGCAGCUAACUCCAUGGCUUUCCAGAACGACAUCUACGAGUGGAGCCGGGACCACCGCGUGCACCACAAGUACUCGGAGACGGACGCGGACCCGCACAACGCCCGCCGCGGCUUCUUCUUCUCGCACAUCGGCUGGCUCUUCGUGCGCAAGCACCGCGACGUCAUCGAGAAGGGCAGGAAGCUGGAUUUCACUGACCUGCUGGAUGACCCCGUCGUCAGGUUCCAGAGAAAGUAUUACAAGAGCUCAGUUGUGCUGAUGUGCUUUGUGAUCCCCACCGUCGUGCCGUGGUACCUGUGGGGCGAGAGCCUGUGGAACGCCUACUUCCUGGCCUCCAUUCUGCGGUACACCAUCUCCCUGAACGUCACCUGGCUGGUCAACAGCGCCGCGCACAUGUACGGCAACCGCCCCUACGACAAGAACAUCAACCCCAGGCAGAACACCCUGGUCGCCCUGGGAGCCAUCGGUGAGGGUUUCCACAACUACCACCACACCUUCCCGUUUGACUACUCAGCCAGCGAGCUGGGCCUGAAGUUCAACCCCACCACCUGGUUCAUUGACUUCAUGUUUUGGCUGGGGUUGGUCACUGACCGCAAGCAGGCUCCGAAGGAGAUGAUCCAGGCUCGCAAGGAAAGGACUGGGGAUGGCAGUGCCUGAGGAGUGACGCUGCAGCCCGUGCCUGUGGUGGAUUUACCUCUGGGUAAAAGGAUUUUUUUUGUUUCAGAUCGGCUGGGCUGAAUUAGUUCCCCAGGAAUUGAUUCAGCCACAGCUUUUUUUUUCCCUUCUUUCUUUAUUAGCUGUAUUAUGUCCAGACUUAAGACUUAUUAAGUGUAAAAAUGUUAUAUAUUAUUUAAUAUUGCAGUUAAGCGGGAGAGAGAUUUGAUUUUAGUCACUGUAGUUCACGUCUGAGAUUUGUUGUAAUUUGCUAGUUCAUGGUAAAUGUUGGCAGGUUGAAGGAACUAACUGUCCUUUCCAAGUGCAGUUAGGGGAGAUUUUUGUUCUUACUGCUAAUCCAAUAAGGUUUUGAGGUGCAUCUUUUGGGGGGGAUGGGGCAGGGCCCAGUGUGCUGUGUUAACUGCAUACUCAUGGAAAGGACAGUAACACCACUGAAGAAAAACAGUAUGUCCAAGUGGAAAAACCACCCUCAGUUUAGUUAGAUGUUAGUUUGGAAACCUGCGUUCUUCUUUUUUGUUAGCCCUGUUAGCCAGCCCAGUGCACUGCUGUCUUUGCUAAAUAUGAAAACCAUUUAUUGCUGAGCAGGCUUUUGUGUUGAAGAUCAGUCUCUAUACAGGCCAAAAUACCAACUGAUGCUAUAUUGAGAUGGUUCCUUUGUUGUCAUAUAUACAUUGUAAUUGUAAAUGUAUAGAGCUCAACCAUGUCUUAAGCCAAAUAAAGCUUUGGUUUCAAUGUUUGGAGACCUAAGUCAUAUUCUAAUCAGUCAUGGCCAUCGAUGCAUGCAUAUUUUAGCUCCUUUUGCACAAGAGGCCUCUUAAUUUCUUUUUCUGCCUUUGACUAGUGGGUCUUAGAAAACUGACCUUUAUCUAAGUCAGAGCCUGUACUAAUGUUUCAGCUGCAUGCAACAUCCAUUGGUUUUUGAGCAAAAUAUAAAGACAGUUAUGUAGCUUCUGAAUUUUAACAGUUGCCUUGCUUAACCAAAAAAAAAAAAAAAAAAAGGAAAAAAAAGAAAAAAAAGGAAAAAAAUCAGAAAAAAAGGCAUGUGGAUUUAUUGGGACAUAUAGCCCUUUGUGUUAGAUGUUAGCCAGUGCAGGAGAGAGGCUUUGUACUGUCAGCACUGGAGCACUUUUGAAGAUAGAGGGCAUGAUUUUCAUUUAUAAAGAAGGUCACUGCCUUGCCCCUCAGAGAGGGAGUGCCUGUUUCCCAACUACACAGCCCCACACCCUGGGCAAGGCAGGGAUCUCAAGAUAACUGAGACUCAGGCCCAGAUAUUUUCAGGAAAGAUGCAAAAGCAGGGGGGGGGAAAAAAUGGUUUCUUUUUUGUUCUGUUUCUUGUUUUUCAAAUGAUGCCAUAUAAUAUAAAAGAGUUGUCUUUAUUCUGUCUUUCAUCCAGCAGGUGUUUUAAAAGUGUUAUUUUGCCAUUAAUGAUGUGUAAACUCUUGAGUGAUUUACAAUAAACAGUUAUGAGUUA